UUCAGAGAUCACGAAAGGUUCAUCACCAGAUGGUCAUUAGAAACGACAAGAGGCCCCCCGCCGGCUCAGCUUCAGCUGGGCGCAUCGGUUGUAGGCGUCGUUCUCCGUCUCGCGGCCUCGAUUCCCUCUCCCGCCCUGACCCUUCGGCAAAACCGAAGAAUGUCUUCCCAGCCCGAACCCGGUGCUGAACCCGGGUCGGGCCGUCCCGACGUCCUCGUCCACCGCCUCCCGUCCUUCGCUCUUCCCUUCCUCGCCCUGCUCCGCGACCACUUCACCGUCCUCGAUCCGCGCACUGACUCGCCGGACGAGCCCGCCCACGCCUUCCUCGCCCGCCGCGCCGGCCGUACCCGCGCCCUCGUCUGCGUCGGGCCCACCCCUCUCCCCGCCGACACCCUCCGCCUCCUCCCCUCCCUCCGGCUUGUCGUCGCCACCAGCGCCGGCGUCGACAAGAUCGACCUCCGCGAGUGCCGCCGGCGCGGCAUCGCCGUCACCAACUCCGGGGCUGCCUUCGCCGAGGACGUCGCCGACUACGCCGUCGCGCUCCUGCUCGACGUCCUCAGGCGGAUGUCGGCGUCCGACCGGUACCUCAGGGAGGGCUUGUGGUUGAAGAACGGAGACUACCCGCUCGGAUUCAAGCUAGGAGGAAAGCGAGUGGGGAUCGUGGGACUGGGAAACAUCGGUUCCCAAGUCGCCAAAAGGCUACAGCCCUUCAGCUGUGACAUCGCCUACAACUCGAGGAGUAAGAAGCCAUCGUUCCCAUUUCCUUACUACACAAGCGUCCGCGAUCUCGCUGCCAAUUCUGAUGUCCUCAUCUUGUGCUGCGCCCUCACUGAAGAAACCCGCCAUGUGAUCGACAGAGAGGUCAUGACUGUUCUGGGAGAUCGAGGGGUCAUAAUUAACGUGGGGCGAGGCGGUCUCAUCGACGAGAAGGAGCUCGUGCAGUUCCUGGUGCGAGGGGAGCUCGGUGGCGCAGGCCUCGACGUGUUCGAAGACGAACCCAACGUGCCGAAAGAGCUGUUCAGUCUGGACAACGUGGUGUUGUCGCCGCACUCGGCGGUCAUUACUCCUGAAUCAUUUGAGGCGCUGGGGGAGCUCACCAUGUCGAACCUGAAGGCUUUCUUCUCGGGCCAGCCCUUGUCGUGCCUUGUCCAGGGCGAGUAACACGGGAGGCGAGGCGAGGGAGGGCAGUGUGGGGGCGGAGCGGGUCAUUCUUAUGGGUGAGAAUAAAGCAUCAGGAGCCGUAUCAAGGUUUUUGUUAAACGCCAACAUCUCUCGAAUGAUUCUCAUGAAUAAAUUUGCUUCCUGGCCCUUGUACUUUUGGAUCGAUCAUCCUCUAUCCGAUUAGUCUCAGGAUCCCAUCUAAAUUAGCCCCCCACAAUUGUAAAACUAUUUCAAUUUGGUCCCUUCAAACAAAUAGUGAAUAUAUCAUGAAAAUCUUAAACUUGUA